CUAAGAUUUUCUGUUUUUGCCUAUGUCUGUGUGGCUUCACUGUAAGCUCUUGUCACUGUUGUACCAAUCCAUUCCGUCCAAUGUAUGGUGUUUUAUUAUUGCAUUUUUAACACCAGAAGUUACCUUUUUAUCUCUCCCUCUCCUCCAGACUAACUCAAGAUUUUCUCCCAAUUUCCUUAACGAACCGGCUACCCGUUCCUUUUGCUGUGCCCUAGCCCCGAGGCAACGUGAAUGACGUCGGUGUUUUGCUUGGUUUUUCGGGUGUCGGCUGAUUUGAAAUGACUCUUUGCGAGUAUCUCCCUUUCUCUAAUGUGUAUGUACGGAGUUUCACUUAGCAACCGGACGGCCAGUGUUUUAACCACAAUCAAUCAGCAUUACACACAGCUACCGUCUACUGCACCAUUCCAGUGUACAACACAAAGCCGCUCCCAGACAGCGGCGUGUGGGGAGUUGCUUGGUGUGUGUGUCUGUAGAUUUUGAAAAAAUAUAUCGAUGAAGUUGUGCAUUAUGUUGGCGAGGAAGCAGUGGUUGAGUUCGGAGCAGUUUGUAGUCUCCACGGAUGUAGGUGACUCUGCUCCUGCAGCUUGGAGUUGAGAGAAGGAUCAGCUGGAGAUUUUUUUCCUCUCUCUCUCUCUGUGUAUCUGUCUGACUGAGCGGCCAUGUUAACGAGGAAACCCUGCUCCACGGCUGCCUAUCCUACGGGUAAGGAGAUCCACAGGGGAAAGAGCCAACACCCUGCCCGCUGCAUUGAACAGACCCCACACCGUAGGGCCGCUGACAGCUCGGUGUUACAGCCCGAUUGCAGAACGGGAACCGAUUGCUCGGAGAGACAGAGAGGCGGAGCAGGAUCUCGGCUGGGAGACCCGCCAUCACCCCUAGGAUUACCGCCACUGAAGAGUCACACGGUUGGAGGUAACAAGCACACAAUGAAUGACCACCUACAUAUUGGUACCCAUGGACAGAUUCAGGUUCAACAGCUCUUCGAAGACACUGGCACCAAAAGGGCAAUUUUGACUACGCAACCCAAUGGCCUCACUGCAGUUGGUAAAACCUCAUUACCGGUGGUUCAUGACAAGCAAUUGGAGAGUUCACAAAGGCGGCAAGGAAGCUCUGCAUCAGUAAAGUCAACAGAUUGUUCUCCAAAACCCAAAUCCACAGUUAUGACCCCAGAGCAAGCCAUGAAACAGUAUAUGCAUAAACUUUCUGCAUUUGAGCACCAUGAAAUAUUUAACUAUCAUGAAAUCUACUUUGUUGGUCCAAAUGCAAAGAAACGGCAAGGUGUAGUCGGUGGCUCAAAUAAUGGUGGUUACGAUGAUGACCAGGGUUCCUAUAUCCACGUACCUCAUGAUCAUAUUACUUACAGAUAUGAAGUUUUGAAAGUUAUUGGCAAAGGGAGCUUUGGGCAGGUUGUAAAAGCUUAUGACCACAAACAACACCAGCAUAUAGCCCUGAAAAUGGUGAGGAAUGAGAAACGCUUUCACCGGCAGGCUGCGGAGGAGAUACGGAUUUUGGAGCACCUGAAAAAGCAAGACAAAGAUAAUACCAUGAAUGUCAUUCAUAUGCUGGAGAACUUUACAUUCCGCAACCACAUUUGCAUGACAUUUGAAUUACUGAGCAUGAACCUUUAUGAACUGAUCAAGAAGAAUAAGUUUCAAGGGUUCAGCCUUCCAUUGGUUCGCAAGUUUGCUCACUCCAUUUUGCUGUGCUUGGAUGCUUUACAUAAGAAUAGAAUUAUACAUUGUGACCUUAAACCUGAGAAUAUCCUGCUGAAACAACAGGGACGAAGUGGGAUUAAAGUGAUAGAUUUUGGCUCAAGUUGUUAUGAACACCAACGUGUAUACACAUACAUACAGUCACGCUUCUACCGUGCACCUGAAGUCAUCCUUGGAGCUCGCUAUGGCAUGCCUAUAGACAUGUGGAGUUUGGGUUGCAUUCUGGCUGAACUAUUGACAGGUUACCCUCUGUUGCCUGGGGAAGAUGAAGCUGACCAGCUUGCCUGCAUGAUUGAGUUGCUGGGUAUUGCACCUCAAAAGUUUUUAGAUCAGUCAAAACGAGCCAAAAAUUUUGUGAGCUCCAAAGGUUACCCCCGUUAUUGUACUGUUACGACUUUGCCAGACGGCUCAGUAGUUCUUAAUGGAGGACGGUCACGGAGGGGAAAGUUACGUGGCCCGCCAGGGAGCAAGGAUUGGGUCACCGCUUUGAAAGGAUGUGAUGAUCCUCUCUUUCUUGAUUUUCUGAAACAAUGCCUAGAAUGGGAUCCUGCAUUGCGUAUGACACCCAGCCAGGCAUUGCGACAUCCCUGGCUACGUAGACGCUUACCAAAGCCUCCAAGUGGAGAGAAAGGCUCAUCAAAGAGAGCAACAGAAAGCAGUGGUGCUAUUACAUCAAUUUCUAAAUUGCCUCCAACUUCAGGCUCAUCAUCAAAACUGAGAACUAAUUUAACACAAAUGACUGAUGCCAAUGGGAAUAUUCAACAACGAACAGUAUUACCCAAGUUGGUGAGCUGAGUGUGAAUAAAUCUAUGCCAGGAAUGCGAGGAAAAUUUCUUGCCGCAUCACUGAGCCUUAUUCAAUUGAAAUUUUGUAUUUUUUAGAACUUUGUAAUUAUUGAAGUUUGGAAUUUUAAACACCAUUCUGUAGUUAAGAACUCUGAACAGUUUUGAUUUUGUAAUUGCUGGGGACCAUGGUUGGAAGUAGGUUUUUCAUGUAUUGAGUGUGAAAUGCAUUUGCUAUUCAUUUUCUUGGCAUACGAAUAAUGCACUUUGUAGGCUAAUGAAUAGCAUAUGUCAGAUAACAUUUAUAGUUGUCAAAAAAUGUCAUUAUUCAUAUAAUGUGACAAAAUAAUAGCAGAUUAUUAUCCACUAUAUGAGAUUUUGGAAUUUUUUGAUUUUGCGGAUUGUGGCUUUUACUCGUCAAUAACAAAUAAAUGAAGGUCUUUUAAAACAACACCUUUUUAUAAAUCUAUGACAAAACCCUUUACUUGGAGUGUCAUGGAAGUUUUCAGUGCCUCAUAAUUGUAUUGUAUAUACCUUCCCUGUGUUGCUAUCCUACCUGGUCUUCAUUUCUCAACUAGAUAUAAACAAACCAGGAAACCAAAAACUUUAUAAUAUGGUAUUGGUGGGUAAACCAUUUUGCUUUUUUAAAAAUCAGUUUUGGAAUUAGUUCACUAAUGUCAGAUUAUGUUGGUAAAUCAAAAGAGUUCAUUGUCUCUCUGCUCAUGAAAGGCAUUGUUAUUCCGUUACUUACUAUCAAGCAUGUGAGCAAUAUAAGUCAGUUGUGUGACCAAGGAGUUUGGUCAUGGGGAAGUAUUGGUGAAAAAUCAUCACAAAAGAAUGAAGAGAUCAGUGAAGGCUCAAUGAUAGUUUUCUUUUGUACAUUUUAAGCUGGAAAGUAUUGAAGGAACUAAAUGAAUGAACUGCAUUAUCUGAAUGAACUUGGAUUGGUCUUAAAUACAUUACAUAUUCUUCUCAGUUGUAACCAAAAUUUAAACAUGUUUUAAAUUGAAAGACUAAAAUUCAAAGCAUGGUCCCCAGUUAGUAAAAAUAACUUGAAAUUUUCCCUUGAAAAUAUUUUACAAAAAAAUUGGAAUUUAGGUCCUGCCCAUUUCUCACAUUUAAAGGAUUGACAUCUUCAACUGUUUUUGGUAAUGUUAGUAUUUAUGUGAAAAUUUUAUAUGUUUGUAAAAUUAAUGAUACAAAAUUAAACCUUUACAGCACUCGGAUUGGGUUUAAGCCAGUAAAUCCAGUCUAUUGUUACAGAAUGAAAUCUGAUUUUGUGUAUUUAAAAUGUAUGUUGCUUUGUCUUAGUGCAAUAUUUCAAAUAGCAGAAUAUCCUUUUGUAGUACUUUUAUGGUUUGUAAUAAAUUUUUAUUGAAUGUUAUGUAACUGUACAUUGUCACUGAAAUACCACUACAGAGAUUAUUGCUAGGUAGUGGAUUUAUAAAACACUACCGGAAUGAUAUUUUUAUACAUGAAUUGGCCUGAAAGAUAAUCUGAGCAUUUUAUGUAUGUUCAUUUGUUGAAAUACAUCUCCAAUCAAAGCUUUACUUCUAUUGCACAUUUUGUGAUUGACCUUUGAUAGUUAUUACAGCCCAUUUGUUUGUUUAAGGGAGUGGUAAGCUUUGGCUCAGUGUAGUGUGGAUUGAUCAGUACUGUACACAAAUGGCUCAGAUGGCUAAAUUACAGCUAGCUAAUUUUAGAAGUCAGUCCAGUCUCAUAAGUGGCUUGUGUGAACAUACCUGUGGUACAUGUUCUGACUUGAUAAUUCAGUGUCAUGCAGUCUCAGGUUAUAAUAAGAACAGAAGUUAAAUGACUCAGUUCUUCGCAUUGCUGUUCAGGACCAUUUAGAAUACAUCACUACAACAAAAAGAAUCAACAAUACAUGAAUGAUUUUUAUAGGCUUUGUUUUCUUAUAGCAGGCAAAUUGUGCCCUUAGUGUUAACAGUGUGCCUUUUGUUACCAGUGCCAUGUUGUAGGGUUUACAUGCAAUUGAUUAAUCCUUGAACUGUGCACACUAUUAAUGUAGCAGUUUACAUGACCGUAUUGGAUUAAUUGUUGAGGUCGUCCAGAAAGGAAAUUAAUGCACACUUUGAAUUUCAUAUUAUAAAUAUUCAGUCCUAAAUGUUUAACAGUAUAACACUAAAGGAAGAUCUAAGCUAUUGUUUCACUUCAUUAGCUGCUUAAGAAAAGCUAUAACCAAAAUAGAAAUAUGGCUACAUGUUCAUAGAGGGACUUGUGAUCUUUUCCAUUUUGAACUAUCCUUUUUCAUUAUUUCAUUGUAUUCAAAUUAUGUGAAGGAUACUUUAUUCUAAAUGAAAAUGUGAGAAUUCUUUUUUGACAAGUUGUUGGGAGCAAUGGCAGGGAUACAGCAUUUGACCUCCACCCUGAAUUAUAGAGAAGGGAGGGAAUAAAUUAGUAAAGGUUCUGUCUGCUAAUUAUUUUAAUCUAGUGACUACUUGAUAAUGAAGAGUUCAGAUGUGAUUGAGUCUGUGGUCCAGUACUAUGUUGACACACCAGGUUCAAAUUUAAUAAUUCAAUCUGAUGACUUGGGUAAGGUUCCAAAGUGUACUUAAUGCUCCUGAAACCAUGCAGCAACGAUAAUUCAAGACUUCAGGGGAACAGGAGGAAAAUUGAUUGGGAAAAAAGGGGAGAAGUACACGUUAUACAGGUUGGAGGGGUACAAAAAUCCAACAUUAAGAACAAAACAUGUUUUUGGCCAUUGGAGUACAUUGCCCAGUAUGCUUCUCUGAACGUACUUUAAUAUGAUGGAGGUCAUAUUAUGUUGAGUAGAUAUGAUAGUUUAAAGUAACUUGAACCAAACUGACUGAUUAUACACAAAUGUUCCAACCAGAAUUUUUUGCAGUCCACAUUUUCAAAUUGAAAAUGUAUUGGUAUACUAUAAUAUAUGAAUGAAGCCAAAAGAAGAUAUUGUAUCUAAAGGAACAUUUUAAUCUACUGAUUUGCACAAUAAUCCUGAAUACUAUAAAGAAAAUACCAAUCUGCUUUUUGAUAACUAGCCCUUUCUUCUCUUUGAUAAUCCAAACUAAUGCUUAAUUUUAGUGAUAAAUACUUCCUGUAAUAUAUUUUUAGAAAUGAAGCAUGUCAAGAUUGAAGGUCCCUAAACUGUAGGUUUAACUCACAAAAUAUAGAUCCUUCUGUUAAUUAUUUGUUGUGCAUUUGAAUGUAAUACAGCUAGUGUGCGCAACUGUAAUGAUCAAUUAAUAGAGGCUAAUUCUGGAUGUGUUAGUUAUUAAUUUUAAAUUUAAUUAGAUUAUUCACUUUUAGAUUUGAGCCAUUGUAGGUGCCAUAUUCAAGUUCCCUUAAGCCGCUCUAGUAUUGUGCACAAAGUCUUUACCUUACCACCCACUCGCACCAACCCCCCGCCCCCAAAUAAGUAUGGUUUAGGUAAUAUAAACUACUUCGUGCACUCUUAAAUAGGCAUUGAAAUAUAUAUCAAGAAGAAGUUUUUGGUUUAGCUUUACAGCAGAAACAUGCUUUUAUGCUGAAGUGCAUUCUUGAAGGUUAAAGAUGGCCUAGCUAAUUAUUUCAAAUUUGUCUUCAAAAAUGUGAAACAGCUUCCAAAAAAAUAUGGUUAAUGCAUUAGGGCAAAAUAAUGAUUUUUAUGUUUACCUCAAAAGGGUUUUCUUAAAUAAAAGAAAAUCCAAGGUAUUUGGUAUGUACCAAAAUGCAUUCCUUUUCACACAUCUAGCUAAAUGUGUAGCCAGCAAAUUGGUGUCUAAAGCAUCUGGACGUGGUUUGUUCUGUUGAUAUCUGGUGUAGCACCAUGAUGAACUUUGUAUAAUCUUUAAGCCACCAUUGUUAAUUUUUAAUUUUGGAUGAAAUUGAAAACUUUUAAAUGAUUUUAUAGGCAUUUUGGCAUGUUUCAAGUCCAAUCUGUAUGUUACAACUCAAUUUCUGUAUUCCACAAUAUUGAAUAUUUGACUGCAGCACUGAAAUCUAGUACCGUUUUAGUUAGGUUCAUACCAGUAAAAUACAGUAUCACCCAAACCUGAACCUUGUAGCAAUUUUUGUUUAUAGCACAGUUCUGCUAAAAUGUGUGAAUUUCUAUUGCAAAGGGCAUUUAGCAUUCUGAAUACUCUGCCGACCUAGCUAUGGUUGCUCCAACUGAGCAAUGGCAGAGAUUAGUUUUAAGAUGAGCACCCCACAAGAUGUGUGUUUAUAAUAUGCUGCAGUUGUGUAUUGUAUAUAAAUACAAUUUUGAAUAAAUGCUGACUUUGUAUAUAUGUAUGUAAAAUUCUUGUGAAAUGCUGUCGCCACUUGAUGUGUUUUUAGUGGAUCCCAGUGGCCAGUUUUAUGAUACUGUAUGUAUUGUACAGCUGAUGACAGAAGUUGACUUUUUUUAGUGAAUAUUUGGUUAAAAUUAUUGUGGCCUAAAAUUAAUUUCAAAAUAAAUUUUAUGUCAGAGUUUAUAAGAAACAUUGCAUGUUGCUUUUGUUAUUUUGGAUUUAAGUUUUGCACAUUAUACACAAUGAUAGCAAGACCUUGAGCUGAAACAGCUUAUGUUUAUUUUGUAAUUUUUUUCCGGCCGAAGGAAAGAAAAGCACUGUGCUCAUUCUGCAUUGAGCGUUUUAUAGGAUUAAUUUAAGCAUAGUAAUUGGUCUAAAUAACAACCUAAACUUCAAAGAUGCCCGUUCCUGAGUAUUAAGUUUAAUCUUACUGCCCAUCUGUUUAUGACACCUGAGCUGGCUUGUUUUCAGACCUGGUGAGUAGCUCAUAUUGAAUGGUGGAGCAGGCAUGACAGGUCAUAUGUCUGGCAAUUGAAGCAGAUUUGGUUGCUAGCAUUUACUGCCAUUUUGAUGCUGAAUUUUCCAGUGGAGUUUUUCUUUGGAUAGUUUGCAGUGAUUACUAAGUCUAAGUUAACUCUGAGAAAUUACAAGCAAGUUUUGAAUGAAGUUGAUCUGAAACUCAAAAGGUUGGAGAAUGUUCGAUGGGUUAGGUAGAAUGGAUCUAUAUGCUGUUAAGGUUACAAGGACAAGAGGUGAAAUAUGUUAAGAGGAUUUGACUAGAUAGAUGCUGAGAAUCUGUUUUCCCUGGUUGUGAAGGGGAGGGAUUGGGUGGUAGUGGUUAGCUGAACGAUUGUGACGCUUUUAAAUUCUCUCAGAUAUAAAAAAAAUUCCAGUGCUCAUAAUGUUCAGGGAUAUGUGAGCUAGGUGCAUUAGUCAGGAGAAAUGUAAA